AUGAUUUUAUAUCUGCCUUUGUUUGCAGCCAUCCUAGCUGGGCAGGUCGCUAAUGCCGCUUGCCUUGGUUCAGGCACUUCUGCCACUACAAUCAACAAUGCUCUCGCUAGUGGUGGUAAAGGGACUAUUGUUCAGAUAUGUGCUGGUAUCACAAUUAGCAUAUCGGAAACAAUUGAAUUUACAGCGGACAACCAAGAGAUAUCAACUGAGGGAUACCCUACUGGUGAUACUCGUGCUACGCUUCAAAUUGCUAGUGGGGCAAGCAUAAGUGCCCUGAUUUCUGGGGCUGGUAAAAACUAUAUUCGGAUUCUGAACAUUCAGGUUGACGGUAAUAGAGCCAACGCGGGCUAUAUUCACAAUGGUAGCGCGAAUAUUGAGAUUGGUGGCACCAGCAAUGGCCAGGUUGUCAAAUAUGUUGCUUCGAAGAACCCACGGGCUUGGAGUUGUCUCCAUGUUACCGAAGGAGGUUUAUCCUCUGACUAUUGCACAAAUGCAACCGUCUCCAAUAAUGACAUUGGGCCAUGCGGUCAGUCUGGGACGUCAAAUGGAGAUGGACUAUGGGCGGAUGGCAUAUCAUUCGCCUGCACCAAUUCCUUAGUCGAGAGUAAUACAGUAACUGGAAGUACUGAUGGUGGAAUUGUUCUCUUUGGUGCUCCAGGAACUACUGUCAACGAGAACACAAUAACUUCUUCCUCUUCCUAUCUCGGGUUCGGUGCUAUCAAUCUUGUGGAUGGCACAUAUGAUGGCAAAUUUACCAAUGUCAAGGUUACUAAUAAUAAAAUUACGGGAAAGUUGCUGUUUGGGGCAGGCAUAUCUAUCGGUGCCUGCGUUUGGUCAGGCCCUUGCAAAAGCCCAUACAUCUAUACUGGCCCGGCAACAAUUAGCGGUAAUACUUUUUCUGGGCAUAUCACAUUUCCAGUUGCUAUUAAUGGUUGGACGGGGGGCCUUACAGUGACGGGGAAUACAGUCACUGGCGUAACAAAACCACUUUCAGCCUACGCAUCAGACAACUCCUGUGAUAAUGUUGUCAAAGACCUUUUCAACGCCAAUGAUCUUCUUAGCUAUUAUCCUGCCGGACUAACAGGAACUCACAACCUGCAGAGUGGAUUCGUGGCCAUGUCUGGAAAUGGUACAAAUUUCAUAUGCGCUACCCCCAGUUGA